AUGGCGUUGAGGCGCCCCUCGCCGCAGUCCGCGGCCCCUGCAGGACGUCUUCCGUCAGGAGGGUCUCCCGCCCACGCAGACUCCCCGCCGCCCCGGAGCAAGCGGCCUCGCUUGGACGAGCCUGGAGGCGUGGGCGCGGCGGGGCGGUGGCCGCCUCAGGUAGACAUGCUGGUCCCCGGCGCGCCGUCCCUCGUCCCGGAGGACGUGGCGCUCCCUCAGCCCCCUGCCCCGAGCACGGGCAGCCCAGCCUGGGCCGACCCCAGCGCUCCUCCCCGAGGCCAGACGCGUAGCUGCGGGCAGCCUCGGCCCCCUGAACGGGCAGGCUGCUCCAGGGCUCCGGAACGUUCUGAAGAGCGGCGAGCGCGCGACGGACUGGCCCCGGCCGUGUCCCUGGGGGCCGCUCUCUGCUGUGAAGAGGGGCAGGCGGCCCCUCACGGGGUCAACGGCGCGAGCAAAGCCGACCGUGUUAUGCCGUCAAGUGAGAAAGAAAAGAGCGUUUCACCGUCUGUGCUAAAAGUGUCAAAGUUUGAAAACCCGCGGAACUUGGAAACCUCCAAACCCAGCUAUUUUAGAGAUAGCAUCACAAUAACCAUCCCUCACUUUCCAGAAGAUUUAAAUAGCAACGUGUCCUUUGUCUAUUUAAAGGAAAUAGCAAAGAAAAGGAAUGACAAAUUUGUGGCAUAUGUUAGGGAUUUCACAAACAUUUACUGGUCCCAAAAUAGACCUGAUGCUAAGAAGCGAAAGUUACAGGAUGAUAAAAAAAUUGUAGUUGUAGAAAAUGAUUUUUCUGACUCUUAUGAAAGUAAUCAGCCACUCAACAACCAAAAUAAUUUUGAGGCAAAAAGAGGCUUGAUCAGUAUAAACUACUAUCACCACAAUGGUAUCAAAUAUAAUGUCAGAGACUUUAAAAAGAAUUUCAUUUUAACCAUAGAAAAUGACAAUUGGGAAGAGGCAGAAAUGAACUCAUACAGUUACAUACCUACUAGGUUGGGAAAAUCUCAAAACUGGGACAAUAACGUUCACCCAAUCUUGCAAAGAAAGAGGAAAGAUUGUUGGAUUAUGGAAAAUGUUAAGACUAAUUGUGAAAAUAUGAAAAAACUCACAGAAAAUUUGAAUUUGGUACAACUACAAGGAGGAGACCAUUUAAACAAGGAAGAUUAUCAAAGAACAAGCAUAAGUAUGCAUAAACAGCAAUCGAAACUUCAGAUGAUAGGAACUUUGAGUAACCUCCAAAAUUUAAUAAUAGUUCAGUUAAAUGAUAAGGGACAAAAUGACAAUAUGCUACAGUUGAGAUACUUUCAUUUAAGAAAACAUUUUCAAAGUCUUAUUACAGAAAUUUAUUAUUUCCUUAGAAGUAUUUUAGGAAAUAAAAAAGAUAGCAGUGUUUUAACCUGGUUUAAGAAGUUAAAAUGUGAAAAGCAAAUUGGUGUUCAAAAUUUAAUAACCAGGAAUAUGAAUGUCAAUAUAAAGAGUGGCAAAUAUUUACAAACUAGCGUGUUAGAAUAUUUACAUACAGUUGUGAAUGUUUAUAUAAUUAUUUUGCUCAAGAACUUCAGUUGUUUUUUAAGAACUGAAAAUGACUGUGAAUUACAAGAGAGUUCCAUUUUCAAAUGGAUAGUCCAAAAUUAUCUAGAAAAUAUUUUAAUGGAAAGUCAUACUGUAUGUCUAAAAAGUAUUUUAACUUUUUCAAGACUAUUUGAAAAUAAUCUAAAACCUAACUCAAGGAAGAGAAAGCUAUUAAAUACUGGACAAGCACUUGACAAGUCUAAGAAACAAAACAUCAAUUCCUUCAGUGUAACAACUAAAAAUAAAAGUUUUGAAAUUUUUGAAACAUAUAAAUUUUUUCCUAUUUUAAUGGAUUUUGAUAAUAUAGAAGAAAGUACUUUGACAAGAGAAUCUAGUUAUGAGAAUUCAAGUCAUCCUGAACAAUUUGUGGAUGUGGAAAAUUGGUCUCCCUAUAGUUUUAAUAUUGUUAAUACACAUGUAAAGUCUGGUCCCGAGUUUACACAGAACAGUCAUAGGCAUAUUAAUGAAAUAAACAUGAAUGAUCAUGAUUCAUGUACCAAAAGAAAACAAAAGAAUAAGACCAGUCACUUCAAUUUUAAGUUUGUAUUUGAAGAUGUCUUCAGUGUUAAGAAAUGGGUGAUGUCUUCAAGUCAAAACACAACACAUGAACAAAUGAAAGCCAUGACUGUAACUCAGGAGUCAAGUUGUGAGAGCUUAUCAAGUGAAAUAGAAGAGAAAACAUAUGACUUUAUUUGGGAGAAAGAUGUAAAAGCCAAAGCACAAGGUUUAACAAAUAGUUGUCAACUUCGUAAGGAUAACAAGAUGGAAAAAGAAGAGAAGGAUAGUUUUCCUUCAAUGGAUGGCACAUAUUCUGUUCAGUCAAUUUCAUUACUGAGUAAGAAAGCCAGUGUUGAAGAAACUCAACCUGCUAAUAAAAAUAAUGGAGCUGACGGAAAUGAGGAUAAGAGUAUUUUGCACGAGUGUGAAUUAGCUAAUUCAAAGUAUUUUUAUCCAAAGAAUGACUCUAUAUUGUAUGUUAAUUGUCAAUUUGAAAGUGAUUCAAGUGAAGAGAACAAUGAACGUUUUCAAGACUUAACUGCUGAGUGUUUAUCAACAGAAGCUUUGACAAUAGCAAAAGAUUUCCAGAUGAAGAGUAAGUUUGAUUUAGUACUUGAAGAGCUCCGUAUGUUUCACGAAAUUAGUAAGGAAAAUGAAAUGCUAAGCAGUGUGGCAAUAUACAACAGGAAAGAAAAUUACUUGGGAGCAAGUAAUGAUAGUGAAAAGGCAAAAGUAGCAAGCCAAAAAGAUCUGAAAGUGGCUGAAACUAACACAAUAUAUAUAUCUUCUUUGUCUUGUGACAUGAAAGCAGGUUCUAAUAUGCAUAAAAAGCAUCAAAGCUUGUUUAAGUGGAAAGCAGUACCCAAUAAUGGAGAACAGGAAGCUACCAAUGAGUACUGUUAUCCAGCAGGACCGGAGGAGGAAUUACUCCAUGCUACUUCCAAGGAAGAUUUUAAGAAACUACCUAAAAGACGUGCUUUUUGCAUUGAUGAGUGCAAGGAAGAAAUAUAUAAUUGUUUAAUGAAGGGAGGCAGCUGUUUUUCACAUGGCAUUUCCAGAGUACAACCUCUUAAGACAUGUAGCAGACCCAUCAGGGUUGGCUUGUCAAGAAAGGCUACACUGAAGCAACUCCAUCCCUACCUGAAGUAAAUGAGUCUGAAGA